AUGAAGAACUUCAAGACUUCAGCCCUCAGCCUGUUGGCAUUGGGUUACCAAGCAUCAGCCCAACUCGCCAGCCUAUGUCCUACCAAUGGGGUCUGCUUCAGACUCAACAUUCCCCAAAACACAGCAUCCUCUGGCACUGGAGACAUCUUUUUCCAGAUCACAGCACCGUCCUCCUAUGAAUGGGUUGGAUUGGGCCAGGGUCAAGGCAUGGCCCAAUCCAACAUGUUCCUUGUCUACACUGGAGCAAAUGGAAACAACGUGACCUUGUCGCCACGAACAGCCUCUGGCCAUGUUCCGCCGCAACUGAACAGUGACACCAAGGUGGAACUGCUCGAUGGCUCGGGUGUCUCCAAUGGUGUUAUGACCGCCAACGUCAAGUGCUCGAAUUGCAACAGCUGGAACGGCGGCACCAUGGACUUUACAGCCGGCAACGGCAACUGGUUCUACGCUUACCACAACGCCGAGGGCCCAAAGAAUAGUGACGAUGCCAGCGCUCGGAUUGGGUUCCAUUCAACGCACGCAACCUUCACCUGGGAUUUUGCCAAUGCCAAGGGAGGUUCCAGUGUGAACCCUCUUGUCAACGCGGCGGCGACUACUCCUGCUAGUGGCAACUCUGGCGUAUCAGGAAUCAGCACAACCGACCGGGGCAGCCGAAGGAAGAAGCUCAUCGCCCACGGUGUCCUCGCUUCUCUCGCCUUUGUCAUCUUCUUCCCCUCUGGCGCGAUUGCUAUCCGCCUGGCUUCUUUCCCUGGUGUACUAUGGCUCCACGCUGGCUUCCAAGUCUUUGCCUACGUAGUCUACGUUGCUGGUUUCGCUCUCGGAAUAACCAUUGCCUGCGAAGGAGGCCUUCUUAAGCACCACCACGCUGUCAUUGGUAUCAUCCUCUUCGUUGCCAUCUUCUUUAUGCCAGCGCUUGGUUGGAUUCACCACAUCAUGUUCAAGAAGGUUGGCUCGCGCACAAUCUGGUCGCACGCUCACAUCUGGCUUGGCCGUGCCACCAUCUCCCUUGGUAUCAUCAACGGUGGGCUUGGGCUCAGGCUCGCCAACGGCAGGGGUAACAGCUCCGAGGCCGGCAGGAUUGUAUACGGUGUCGUUGCUGGUUUGAUGGGUGUUGCAUGGAUUGGCGCCAUGGUCCUUGGUGAGAUGAGGCGCAAGAAGGGUGCUGCCGUGACCGACGCACGCUCAAAGUCCAUGGAGGAGAGGAGGGAGAGCGACCGCAGUGAUGAGCACAUUAAUAAUCACUAGAGGGGUAAGGAAGGGGGUGGAGGAUAACAAAAGGAGGAUACACGAUGGGCAUAAUAAAUGCUGAGUUGGGGAAAUGGAAACGAACAAGCAUGUACUUACAUGAUACUGGUCGACUCUGCAUUCCCCUUUUCUUUUGUCAGACUGAUACCAUUUGCUUUCUCGCGAAUACCAUGAUGCGAUUCAAUCUUUAAUCAACAAGUUGCAAUCUUUUAA